CACAUUAACCGCGGAGUUCGAAAGCUCACUAGUCAGUCAUCAAUUUUCUCAAUUAUUUCUUGUCAUUAAUUUUCAAAAUCGGUCUAUAAAGAAAAUAUAAAUAAAAUUUACAAAGUGUAUUAUUAUUUAAAUAAAAAUUCAUCAUUAUUGCAAUUGAUAAUUAAGAUGUCGAUAUUUGCUUGUUGCUUUCGCCGGAAACACCUGAGAAUCGACGACCCGAAGAUUCCAGUCAUCAUGGAGCCGCCUGAAAUAUCCUGGGAAAACACCUUGGGCUCGCCAAACGGAGUUCCUUUUGACGAUGAUACCAAGCAGCUGGUUAAAGAUUGCAUGCAUGUCUGCACACCACCCCCUGUUACGCUAACAACCCUUAUCAAGAGGAGCGAAAUUUUUCCGAUUCAGUUUCCCAUUAAAACAGUCAGAUGUUCGUUCUUGAAAGAAAGAUCCAUCAAAACUGAUAUUCUUGAGUUCAACUCAAAUUCAGCGUACCCAAUAAUCCACGAAGCGAUGCUCCCCUUGAUAGCAGGAUGGCUGAAGUUCAAGCGUGAGCAAGGGAGCCCAAUAGAAAAAGCCUUAUACAAAAAUAUGGGCCUGAUACAAUUCAUCCAGCGGCUGCUGGACAAGCGCGCGGUAGCGUUUUACGGCUCAGACGACCGAUGGAAGCUGAUAGACAAGAAGUCCGGAGAAGGAGGAUGGGAGUUCGUCGGCACUGACCAAGAAAAGGAACCGCUGGUCCUCUCGAAAUGUCUGUCCUACGACGAGAUCAAGCUUUCUGCCAUGAUGGUGGUCUCGUCUCACACCGAGUUCAUAAAUGACGGGGCUCGCGAAAAUCGGGGAGUAAUUUGCAACGACUCUGAUGCUUUUCAGCCCAGGGGAGUCAUCAUGGGGGUUAUUGGCUCCAGGUUUGAACGUUCCAGGUUCAUGGAGUCACAGGAUAUUGUCAUUUCUCCUUUACAAAAUAAUAUGGAUAAUGGUUAUGGCCCUUCUGUGGAUGGAGUACCAGAGAUAAGAGAGUUACGCACCCUUUGGUCACGAUUUUACGGCCAAGACUACCAUCCACUGUACGAACAAGCAGUAAGACGAACUAAAUCCAAAGAAAACAAACGCUAUAUUUCUUUGACCAACCAAACUAUAUUUGAUGUCGAGAAUUAUAUGAAAAGGACGCUAUUGUCUGUCGAAAUAAUUCUUUUGGAAGCUAAUACAAGAGCUGAGAAACAAAAUACUACUGCAUUUCUUCAUGUUGUAGGUUUUGGACUCGGUGUAUGGAAGAUAAUGCAUGAUCAAGAGAUGUAUUUCCUGAAAACCUUCGAAAUAGCUCUGAAAAAAAUGAACAGAAAAUUGAAGUAUGUAUCAGACAUAAUGUUCGCUUACUUUUGCCAGCAAAAAUGCGGUGAUGCUGGUAACGGUGACUAUUUAGGAGACAUCAAGAUCCACUUCGCGUUGAGAGAGCCUCACAGCAAGCUAGUGCGUUCCACCGACGCAGACAAACUUCUAGUGGUAACCUACGCAUGGGACGGAAACGCGUUCCCAGGAAACGAGUUCUGGAACGGAUACUUAGCAGCAAGCGGGGACCCAGCGGCGGCUUGCAGCAGCCAAAUCUCCGAACUGCACAACCCGAUGAUAAACUCACGGAUCUGCGGAACGAGUCUUCACGUGGCCUCUGCAGAGCACGGGCUCCUCCACAUAUCCGACUACGCGAAACUUCAUCUCGCUUAGG